GAACCAUGAAAAUGCAGUCGUCAUAGUACUUUUACUGGUCUGAAGUUUAAAGGAUACUAGUUUAAAGUAAGGUUUUAUCACAGCUCUGUUUUAAUUAUUGAAACAUGGCUACCGUUUGUAGUUAGUAACCUUUGAGUAAACGAUAUGCAGUUCUUUCUAUUUUUUAUUUUAUUUUAUUUUUUUAUUUGUCAAAUUAUUCUUGCAUUUCCUGAAUGAAACCAUCAGGCCCAUCUCAUCAUAAGACAUGUCUGGUGUUAGGCUUACCAAGGACAAUGAAGUCCUCAAGACACCAAAUCUAACUCUACCAAAAGAAUCUUACACUGUUGAGAAAUCACUUUGUCAGUAAUGGACAAAUACUCAUGAAUUAUCAUUUUACACUUGGAGUUUUGAUUUGGGCCCACUUUUGACAUAUAUUACACUCACACUGUAGGAAGAAAUGUGUAGGCUAGCUAUAUUCCCUGUAAGAAUUCAGUUAAUGUACUGGAGCGUCAAACGAGCGUGGAUCAGACAGGAGAACUGAACAGCCACUCAUGUCCUCAGUCCUCCCACUCUUCCCUCUUGUGUUCUAUUCCACUCAAACAAAUGAUCUGGGAAUGUGUCAGAUUUGAGGAUAAGAAUAUUAAAACAGAACCACCAGACCUGGAUUUUUGUGUGCUUUUCAAAAGAAUAAGCAUCUGAGCCAUUCUUCGACCGCAUUAUGUGUGCAAAAACCACUGUGAAAACCCUCAGAGAACCACUGCCUGACACUUCUCAGAGCUCUGUGGCUUCCCUCUCAACAGGCAGGAGUGUUUGUGUAGUACCACUCUCGUGUUUUAUGUUCAGGGCAAAACAAAAGAUAAUUAGGACACCAUGGUACCGUGGCAAUUGUAAGUAGGGUACUUGAUGCAAACUGACAUUUUGGCUUGAAUGUAGGUUGGCUGAGAGACUGGACCAAUUAUUAUCACACUAAUAAGGCUUGGUUAGACCACUUUUAAAUCAGUAUGUGUUUUGUGCAAACUGACAACAUAGGUGUUUUUAAAAGGACUGCAUGGCAUUAAAAGCUUAAGCCUGUAUUGUUUAUCCUCUGUACAUUUAACGCUGUAUCACGUUUCCUUCAUAAUGUGCCCAACUGGCAUUUUACAUUAUAACAGUACUAAGUUAGUUAUGGAAUUUGUUUUGAGCCUUUACAAUUACGUUGUUCUAUUAUAAACAUGCAGCUAUGUUAAACCUGCCGUGUUCUGGUUUAUUUCAGUGUUGUACCAUUUUGAGAGAACAUCUCCGUUUCCAUGGAACUGUUUAAUUUGUAUCCAUGAUUAAAACGUCCUCCUAGCAAUCCCACUUUUUUGAAAAUGUGCAUGGACUGGUAUAUUAAUUAAAUAACAUUCCCAAUCACACCUGAGUAGGUUAUAUCCCCUACUUCUAUCUAAAUAGUGCUAUGGCCCUGGUUUCAAAAGGGGUAGCUUACAUAUGAGCUAGUUGGGAUCUCAUAAUUAUGUUGUAGCCACAUAUAUAAUAAUUAUCUUUAGGGGCAGACAUCUGGGCACACAAAUGUUAGCACGCCUACAUCCCAUGUCUACAUAUCAUAAUUUCUAUAGCAACCAAAGGAUGCGUGCCAAAUGAUACUGCCAGCAGCAAAGAGAAUUCCCUCAUACCAGGAAAGGAAGUGGGCUCCAUCAAUCUGAUGCUGGCUGGGGUCAGGUAGGAACAUGAAGGGCAGAGUUUGGGACAGAGAAUAAGUAAACAAAGGAGAGAGCAGGUAGAAAGAGAAACAUGUCUGCGUGUUAUGCUACGAGUCCAUGUUAAACGAUUUAUAAGUAGAGCUUAAUCUGUUCAGAACGAUUUAUCAGUGCACAGGAGGACCAUCACUAGAUGGCGACAAAGGAAAUGUAUCCACCUCGUUAUUCACUGCCCUCUCACCUUCAGCCUUCGACCUGUUUACUACACAGAGGUAGCAACGUGGGUGAAGACUGAUCAGUGCGCUGAUCCAAACUAGCUAAUUGAACAGUCCAUCAACCACUAUAAGAGUAUUUCUCCGUCCUGAUGACAUAACCGCGUGAAGAUGGGUAAACCACAGAAGAAAAAGAAUGUCGCGGAUAAAGUCCGCAAGACCAAAACAUCAACAGAGAUCAAGAACAACCCGUUCGAAGUAAAAGUCAAUAGGAAAAAGUUUGACAUCCUCGGCAGGAAGGGUAAACAUGAUGUUGGACUCCCUGGUGUGUCCAGAUCCAAGGCUAUCAAUAAACGCAAAAAUACACUCCUGAAGGAGUAUAAACAGAAAGGUAAGGCAAACAAGUUUAUCGACAGACGAUUUGGUGAAUAUGACACCAAGAUGGCACCGGAGGACAAAAUUCUACAGAGAUUUUCAAUGGAGAGACAGCGGACUCUGGAAAAGAAGGACAUGUAUAACCUGAACGAGGAUGAGGAGCUGACUCACUAUGGCCAAUCUUUGGCUGAGAUGGAGAAGCUCAAUGACAUUGUGGACAGUGACAGUGACUCAGAGGAGAAAGGACUGUUGUCUGCGGAACUCACGGCCUCACAUUUUGGAGGGGGUGGUGGUCUCCUACGAAAGAAGGGCCCGGGCGAGAAAGGGGACAAAGGAAGAUCCCGCCAGGAACUUAUUGAUGAGCUCAUCAUCAAGUCCAAACAGGAGAAGAGAGAGCGUCAGACUCAGAAAGAAGAGUCCCAUGUUCUGACGGAGAAGCUGGACCAGGAGUGGAAGUCCAUCCAAGGUCUGCUGUCCCACAAAGGCUCCAGAGCCCAAAGCCAGGACCAGACGGAAAAGCCUAAGCUGGAUGAUUAUGAUAUGAUGGUGAGGGAGCUUGGCUUUGAGAUGAAGGCUCAGCCGUCAGAGAAGCUGAAGAGUGAAGAGGAGCUGGCCCGGGAGGAGCGCGAGAGGCUGCAGAACCUGGAGGCAGACAGAUUACGCAGGAUGAGAGGCGAGGCGGCAGAGUCGUCCAAGAAAAAAGCGGUUCACUUCUCUGCCGAUGACCUGAAUGACGGCUUCAUUUUGGACAAAGAGGACAAGAAGAUGCUUGCUUAUAAGGAUGGAAAGUGGAGUGUGGGAGAAGAAAAGGAGGAGAAGGAGGAUGUUGAAGGUGAAGAGGGAGAAAGUGGAGAAGAGGAGGAGGUGGAGGAGGAUGAUGAAGAGGCAGAGGAAGAUUCCGAGGAUGGUGAUGACAGUGACGACGACGAAGAGGACAGCGACGAAGAUGCUCACUCAGACCUGGAAUCAGAGCAGGGCAGCGCACGGGAGGAAGAAGAGCUGGAAAAAGAUGAAGAGGAAUUACCCGCAGCGAGCGCUUCAUGCCAGCUCAGUGAGGAAGAGCUCAAAGCUCAGCAGGAGGCUGCAAAGGCCGAGCUCCCCUACACCUUCAAAGCCCCAGACAACACAGAGGAGCUGAAGGACAUGCUGCAGGGCCACUCCCCACUGAUACAGCGCCUCAUACUGGAGAGGACUCUGAAGUCUAACCACCCAAGUUUAGCCGUGGGCAACAAACUGAAACUGCAGAAAAUGUUUGGUUUUCUGCUGGAGUACAUGGGAGAGCUGGCCAGCAGUAAGCCUCCGGAGCUGAACACCGUAAACAUUCUCACUCCGCAGCUCUAUGGACUCUGUCAGCUCUUUCCGGCUGCAGCCUGCAAGGCCAUGCAGACGUUGCUUGGUGACAGCGCGCAUGGCAUUGAAGAAACAGUCGAGGUUACAGGACGCGCUCCCUUUCCUGGAUUAGACACGCUCAUUUAUCUGAAGAUAACAGCCCUGCUGUUCCCCACCUCUGAUUUUAGACACCCUGUCACCAUACCAGCAUUCCUCUGCAUCAGCCAGGCCCUUACCCAGUGUCCAGUGACUUCUCUCCAGGAUGUGACAUGUGGCUUGGUCCUGUGCUGCCUGGCUCUGGAGUAUGUGACCCUUUCUCGCCGCCUCUUCCCUGAGGUCGUCAACUUUCUGUUGGGCGUGCUACAUCUCGCCGUGCCUGACAAGACAACCCUCGGGUUCUCAGUGGUGUCGCCAUUCAAGCAGGUGGGGCGGAACGCUGAGCUGCUGGUGCUCAACACCCCUGAGGCCACGGAGGGCUGGAGCAGAACGCCCCUGCGUCUGUCAGCAGUCCAAGGGCUCCAGCUCCACAGCGACCUGGAGAAGGAUCACUACAGACUGUCUUUGCUGAACACCUGUUUAGACCUUGUGAAGAGGUGUGCAGUUUUAUAUAAGGACACCACUUCCAUCUUCCACAUCUUUCAGCCAAUCAGGGCUGCACUGGCCCACCUCCCUCUGAAGAACUACCCCGCCCCCUUACAGGAGCUUCACAGGGAGGUUCUGGAGGCUCUACCAGAAACUCCUGCACAGCAACUGCCCCUUGUUUUUGACAAGAAGAAGCCCAUUCCUCUCAAACUUCUUACACCCAAAAUUGUUCAAGUGCUGGACUAUGGCAAGAAGCGAGGCAACACCAAGGAGCAGCGUGAGCAGGAGCGCUUGAAACACAAGUACAAGAAAGAGUUCAAGGGCGCUCUGAGAGAGAUCAGGAAGGACACGCGCUUCCUGGCAAGGGAGAAGCUGUCUGAUGUCAUGAAAAGGGAUUCAGAGAGGAAGAGGAAGGUGAAGGAACUCAUGGGCAGUUUAUCCACUCAGGAGGGAGAGUGGAAGGCCCUAAAGAAAAUGAAGAGGAAGUGAGCAGGAAUGGGAACUUUUUUUCCCUCAUCCUAUGCCCUGUACAUGGAACACAGAUUAGCGAGCGCCAUAGAACACGAGCUCCAUAGAACACUGUUCUUCAUUGCCAUGACGCCGGUGUAACUAUGGAACUAAGCACCUUCAUUUCAUAUGGUGUCAUGAAGCUGGAUGCUGGCUCACAAAACAGCUUCAGACACAUACAGCUAUGUGGGUGGACUGAGAGUUUUUAUGGCUGAGAUAAUAUCUGGACACUGGGUCAUUUAAUUAUAACUGGCCAUCUAGUCUGGCCGUGUGUGUGUUCAAAUGUUUUCAUUAUUUUAUAUAUGUAUGUUUUGUGAAGAAUGCUUUUUUUCUGAAAUAUAUGAAAUGAAAAAUUC